UUUUCAAAUCAUAUAAUCUAAAAUAUGCUUCUGCUGCAGGUCAUGGGAUAACAGCAGUAAAGGAAAAAGCGGGAACUACCCUAGGAAUUCAUAACGCAAGUUCAGCUUCUUCGGAAACAGCAGAGCCUCCUGUGGCUGAAACACCAAUUCUGCAAGCAGAAGAUUCUCUGGACCAAAGCUCUUCUGAGAAUAUUCCUUCUUCUCCUUUAUCUGGAUCUCGUGGCAUGUUGUCAGCUAUCACUAAUGCUGUACAAAACACAGGGAAAAGUGUACUAUCUGGAGGCUUAGAUGCUUUGGAAUUUAUUGGGAAGACAACCAUGAAUGUCCUUGCAGAAAGCGAUCCUGGAUUUAAGAGAACCAAAACACUGAUGGCAAGAACAGUUUCUCUGUCUCAGCUGUUGCGAGAAGCUAAAGAGAAAGAGAAACAGAGGCAGGCCCAGCAAGUUACGGUUGAAAGAACAGCCCAUUAUGAACUACUUUUUGAUGAGUUCCAGGGUUUGUCUCACCUCGAAGCCCUGGAAAUCCUGUCAAAUGAAAGUGAAGCCCAGAUUCAGUCAUAUUUAGCAACACUUGAUGGAGAGCAAUUGGAGGCUGUGAAAAAUUAUUUAAUUGCUGUAAAGGAGAUUUUUGUUCCAAAGGAAUCAGAUGAUGAAGUGGUACAGGCACAGAAAGCAGAUAUGGGAGAAGAGUUUGUCAGCAUGCUCACUGAACUGCUGUUUGAAUUGCAUGUCGCUGCUACUCCUGACAAACUUAAUAAGGCUAGGAAAAAAGCUUAUGAAUGGCUGGAAGAAGCCAAUUUUUCCACCCCAGUAGGCAUAGAAGAGAAGCUAAAAGAAAAAUCCAAAGAACCUGGUGAAGAAAAGACUGAAAAAGAAGAGAAAUUUGACAGUGAUAAAACAGAAGUACAUAAAAACAAAACUGCAGAGGAAAUCUACAUGCUAUCCAUUGAAAGUCUGGCUGAGAUAACUGCUCGUUGUAUUGAACAGCUUCAUAAAGUAGCAGAAUUAAUUCUACAUGGGCAGGAAGUAGAAAAAACAGCUCAAGAUCUAGCAAAAGUACUGACAAAUUUAACAAGUGCCAUGUGCAAUGAAGUUUCGUGUCUAUCAAAGAAGUUUUCUGAUUCUUUAACAGCAGCUGGGAGCAGUAUGAAGGCAGAGGUUCUUAACCCCAUCAUCAACAGCGUGCUAUUAGAGGGUUGCAACAGUACUACUUACAUUCAGGAUGCUUUCCAGCUAUUGCUUCCAGUUCUGCAGAUUUCAUAUAUCCAGACCAGUGGUUUGAAAGCACAGGAGUGA